UACCCCCUAGCUAUCAUUCUGCUACCAUGCUGCUACUGAGGACUGCUCUUCUUACUCUGCUCCUGGUCCCUGGCACCCCUGGUCAGAGACAGAAGAAGCCUGCCCUACCUCUGGUUCCCAUUGACAAAAUCCAACCUCAGGCCAACUUCAACCCUCUUCAGUUUUCAGGAACAUGGCUCCUGGUGGCUGUAGCCUCGAAGUGCAGCAAUCUUCUGGAGUCUAGCCACAGGUCAGAGGCCACGUUGAUGCAAGUUGCCGUAUCUGGCCCAGCACUGGCUGUCAACACAUUCAGGAAACUGGAUGGGAUCUGUUGGCAAAUCAAACAAAAGUAUGAGCCCACCAAGCUCCAGGGCAGAUAUCAUCUCCAAGGCCGACGAAAACGCAGCCGUGGUGUGGAAGUGGUAGUGGGGGACACAAAUUACCACCAGUAUGCCAUCUUGUACUAUCAGAGGGACCAGCAAUUCUCCAUAAAGCUCUAUGCUCGGUCCCUCCCUCUUAGUGACGACGUCUUGAGCAAGUAUGAGCAACAUGUCACUGAUGCCACACUAAGUGAAGACUUCACCUUUUAUUUCCCUACCUAUGGGUUCUGCGACUCCUCCCAUGACUUCCAGAUCCUGGAUGAAGUGAAAAGCUGAGUUGGGAUGGAGAGGCCGGGGCCUGGCACAGCGUACUCUGCAGUGAGAGUGCGCAGGGCUUGUCAGCUGCUUGCAGGGCCUCAUCAUGACUGCUAUCCAUUCAGAGAUCAGGGCCUGGUUCCCAAGAGUCCAGGACUGGUGGUUUCUCUGGACCUUUGACCCCACUAUUUCCCCAAUCCUCUAACCCAAUGACCCUAAUUUUAAUGACUUCUGAUUUUGCUUACCCCUGACCCUAGCAGGGACCUUGAUUUCCAGGUGACUCCAAUAGAUUCCAGCCUCUCUGGCCUGCCCAAUGUCUGAAGGCAUUUACCAAGUCCACAAAAGCACCUAAGGACUGGUGAGACUGGAGUGUAAGAAGGUGACUUGUUUUUUCAUUAAAAUUGUUCCUGAACAAUCUGA